UUAGCUCCGCACGUUUUUAGCAUUCGUCUUCUAUAUCAACAGAAUGGCUCAUGAAUCUGAUUUGACGCUUAUGUUUGCUUCUUUCCAAAAAUAUUUGGAUUCUGAACGUGAAAUUCGAGAGAAUAAUUUCCAUACGUUACACCACGAAAUACUCGUUUUUCUGCCAUGAUGUUAUGAAAAGAAGUUCAAAGAGAAAGUACUUGAGUCGUGUUGAUGUUGUUAAAUCCUUAUUCCGUAAAAAGCUUGCCCUGUAAAGAUAAACAGUUCGUCAUUGAAGUUCUUAGUUUGCGUGGAAUUUGUGUUGGCAAUUAGUAGAGAAAUUGAAAAUGAAGUUGAAAAUUAGUAGAGAAAUUGAAAAUGAAGAUUUGUUGACUACAGUGUGGAGUAGCAGUAAAAUCAAAAUCAGAGAAGCUGUGAAUGACCUGGAAGAUACAGCUCGAGAAGUGCUAACUUUACUACAAUCAAUUCAUCAGGUUGAGAACCAUGAAAGAGUCCCAGAAAUUUGUGAAAAAGCCAAAGGUUAUUUUAGCAAAAUUAAGGAACAAUAUGCAAACAUUGCAAGUAAAGUGCCUGAUAACCAAUUCUACAGAUUCCAUGAUCAUUGGAGAUUCGUCACACAAAGGCUUUCAUUCUUGGCUGCAUUUUUAUUCUACCUUCAAUAUCAUGGUUUAAUAUGUUAUGAAGACACUGCUGAGAUGUUAGGGUUAAGAGUGGAUAGAAAACAUGGUUUUCACUUGGAUCUUGAAGAUUUCCUUAUGGGCCUUUUACAAUUGGCAACAGAACUUGUAAGUGAUAAAUCCUGUUAGAAUCAUCAUCAUCAUCGUCAUCAUCAUUAUUUAAUGUCUGUCUUCCAUGCUGGCAUAGGUUGGAUAUCUUGACAGGAUCCAGUAAACCAGAGGACUAUGUUGAGCUCCAGUGUCUGUUUUGGCAUGGCUACUGUGGCUGGAUGCCAUUCAUAAUGCUAACAACUUUCCAGAAUGUACUGUGUGCUUUUUUUGAUACCAGCACUAGUGAGGUCACCUUGUGACUUGUAGGACAAAGAAAAGACCUUGGGGUUAUAUUAGGGUUAGGGGUGGCAUUAUGCUAGGUAUUGAGAAGUUAAUACAUGGCAGUAUAUAAGAAUGUAUAGAUGUAACUGGAAAGAAGAUAAUAAUGGUUAAGAUGAGAUGUCAGCACAUACUCUCAAGAUACAAGAAGGUUGGUAUAAGGAUUGGGAAUGAUGGAUGGAUAAGUUCAUUGGAAUGUAAGAGGUGAGUGACAGAUGGCUAGAGUUGGAUGUUGAGGUGAGUGAAAGUGUGGUUGCUGAUAAAUAUCAAAUUAGUUGAAAGAAGGUGAGAGCAACAGUAUAAUAGAUCUGUAAGUAGAUCAGAAAAUGUGUAAAUGAUGUGUGGUGUGGGAGAGUAGGAGUGAGUGGGGAGAAAUGUAUACUGGUAGAUGGAUGUCACAGGUAUGUAGGGGUGGCUAAAGUGGUGGACAAAGGUAGGAGGAAAAGUGGUUGUCAAUGACAGAUAUACCAGGGUGAUGAGAUUGAUAACAGAUAAGAGAUGGUGUUAACAAUAAGGUAAUGGCAGUUCUAAGAUGAAUCCUGGAAGCAUAGAAAAGGGAGAUUGGUGGAAAAUAAAGUGGGAAGGGAUGAUGUUAAAAAUGUGGGAUUGAUUUGAAACGGAAGUGGUUUCACGGGCAGGGGAGGUAACUGCUAGUACAAAGGUGGGUGAAAUGUGUGCGUAUUCUACUCAUGGUUAUAGGAGCUGUAUAGCGCUGUAGUUAGAAGAGUGGAGGGAUAGGUUGAAGGUAGAUGAGAGGUACAGAAAGCUUGUUGAGAACAGUUUGGGUGCAGUGACAGGGCUCAGACAUAAACAUACUGCUUUUAGGACCUAAUUUUUAUUGAGAUGGAUAGGUUUUCUUGAGCAUAGUGAAUUGUUAGUCAUCCCAAUCCUUUGUCAUCUCCUCCACGUGGCUUAACAUCAUGAGAUCAGUUUUCACUGCGCAUCCCAUGCCUUCCUGGGUCUCCUUUGUUUUACAAGUUCCAUUACAUUUAGUGAUUAAUACUCAUUUAUACAACUGUUCUCAUCCAUAUGAAUCACAUAGUUAUAUCAGCACACUCUCCCCUCUUGCACAUUACAUCUGGUUCUGCUUAUGUCCAAUUUUUCUCUCAACACAUUUGCACUUUGGACUACAUGAACAUUUACAUUGCUCAUCAAACAGAUCAUAUUAGCUUCAUUUCUUUCUAGUCUUUGCAUGUCCUCUGCAUUCAAGGCCAACUUUCACUACCUUGUAGCAUUGCUGUUUGUAUAUAAACAUCAUACAAUCUUUCACUCUUAACAGAAAACCUUUUGUCACUUACAGAGGUAAUAGCUCUCUGAACUUUCUCCAUCCUUUUCUUAUUGUAGCAACUAUACUUUAUGAACAUCAUCCUCAAUACCACUUAGGUCACCUAAGUAACAGAAACUAUUUACUACCUUUAGGGAACCUCCUGGGUAUUUCAGAAAAUCUAUUUUCUGUGUGUUCUUAGUAUUUAUUGCUCCUGCACAUCUGCCACAUACAAAGUCUGCUUUAUCCUUUAACCUUCCUGUGAUCCCACUGCAUCUCUUGUGUCUCCAUAGUUUGUCUGAGUACACAUUAUAGAAUUUCUAACUACAUCUUUCCUACAUAUUAAGUAGGGCAUUUUCAUGAUGGGAUUAGAAUCCUGUCUGUUUAUUACAUGUGUCUACAGAUUUUUCUGUUUGUUUUCCUAACUAGAAUUUUGGGUUUGUUAAGUUAACUUUAAUGCUCUUUGAUUCCAGGUUUUACUUUCACAUCUUGGAUUUCAUUUCUGAAUCUACUACAGAUUCUACAAUAAAAAUAAGGUCAUCAGCAUAUAGUAGCUCCUAGAGGCAUCCAAUCUUAAAUUCUUUUGUUAUGGUCUGGAGAACGAUGAUGAAUAGGAGGGGACUAAGAACUGAGUUUCAUACAUUAAAUUCAUUGCUGUACUCCUUAUUAACUCUCAUCUUACUGACAGCAUCUCUGUACAUAGCUUGUAUGACUCUCACAAGCCAUUUGUCUACACACAGCUUCCUUAGGGACCAAUGAUUCUUGAUGAACCAGAAGCUUUCUCUAACACAUUUUUAUAACAUAUUGUUUAAUUGUAUUUGAUGGUUUUUCAAGUACUUGUAAACGAAAACACUUACUGUUUUCAUUUACUUUCAUAAUAUAUCUAAUAAUUCUUAAAAUUAAUCUCUUCCUACUAUUAGGAAUCUUCUCUCUUCAUUGCUGUGUAUAUCUCACUACUUUGCUUUACAAUAUGUAGGCCUCUGACAUAUACAGCAUGCCCAUUUUUUUUCUUUCUGCUUUGGAGAAUUUCCUUUAUCUGGCAAAACUGAAGCUCAGUAUCUAGUUUUUACUCAUUUAGAUAAUGAUACCAUCAUAAGUAAGCAGGUAAGUGAUGCAAGUUGUCUUCUAACUUCAGGAAUCAUCACUGCUUUUCAUGGACUUUUUGUUUAUGGUUAUUAUGUUGUUAGCAACAGCAUCAAAACGAGGGAAGCAGAGAGAAGAGAGCUUCAUUUGAUGACCCCAUACACUUGCUGGCGUCUGGUAUGCAGAGUUCUUGACUGGUAGCACUUACAUGUGCAAGUUGUUUGCAAAACAUCUGUAUUCAGUACACUUAAAACGUUAAUACUUGAAAUUAUUCUGGUUAUAUAACUCUAUAUUUUCUCUAUUGUUCCUACAUAAGAACCUUCCUAAAAGAUUUUAAUUCUUCCCACAAUCUUUAGUUAAUUUCAUUUCUGAUCUCCAAUUUUUCUACAGAUCUUUUAUAGAUUCUGUCUCAAAACUUAGGCCCAUUUGAUAAAAAGAUUAUUUAACUGAUUAACAAAUGUUCACCUGCUGAUAUACUGCAGUUACUAGCCCUCUGUUUCUUCUCUAUUUGCUUCUCUGCUACUCUGUUGGCUAACUCCUCUGAAUUUGCAAACUGUGGAGUUGGCACUUCUCAAAUCCCACCCAAUGUACUGGCCACUUCUUUUAUGCUUCCCCUGUUUCUUUCCUUAACUCUACCUUUUGAAAUCCCUACCAAUACCAACCCAUUGAAGUUUAACUUCAGUGACCUCUGGGAUCCUUCAAGGAUCAAGGACACCAUCCCUGUUUCUCCAACUAAAUAAUUUUAAAAGGAGAAAAAAUCCUCUGUGAUGUCUAUCCUUUAAUUACUUCUUUCAGAUUUAAAGUCAUUGUUUGAAAGCUCUGUUGGUGUGCAACUACUAAAAUGCAAUUUAUCCAAGCAUAAUAACCUUAACUUCUAAUUCAUUUCUACUUCAUGUGAAUAACCAUUGAAGUCAAUUUGACUCCAUCUUUUUUAUGACUGUAUGGUGUCAUUUGAAGAAAACUUCUGUUUUUUUUUUGUAGUUCAAAUGACCAAAUAGAGACUUCUACAUUUGUUUUUGUGUUAGGUUGACAAGACACUUCCAUAUUAUUUCACUUGUGUUCUGCUAGAAUCUUAAUUGCUGAUUGUAUAUAAUUUUUUUUUUUCACUGAAAUUAGACUCCUGAAGGUUAGCCUAGUAUUUUAUUUAGGGAGUCGACAAAUUGCCAUCUGAUAUAAUAAAUGUGAAAACUAAUUCUUGUGUGUCAGUGUGUCACAUUUUGACUCCCUCUCUCAUUAUUCAUUGACACUCCUACUAUUGCUCAUAUUGGGGUGAGAGUAAUAGUAGGCAUAGAGAGGGUAGUAGAUUGACAGUUGUGAUGGUAAUGGGGUGAUAGUUAUAGUAUGAGCUGUAGUUGUGAUAGAGGCGGAGGCGAUGGUGUGAUGAUGAUGGUGGUGGUGGUGGUGGUGGUGGUAGCUGAAGCAGUCAGGGACAAUGGUGAUAGUAAACAAUGUGAAAGACAGUGGUGAUGGUGGUGGAGGGGAAGGCAGUGAAGUCAAAGGUAUUGAUAGUGCUGGCGUCAGAUGUCUGAAUGGAGUGUAUGGCAGUUGUGGUACUGGUGAUGGUGAUGGUUGGAAACAAUCAACAGAGAGAGAAAGAAAGAAGUUAGAUCGAAAAAAUUUGUACUGACCCCUGAAUGGGAAGACAAAAAAUGUUGUUUAUCAUGCAGCUUUGCAAUGAGUUUCAAGUCAACAAAUUAUAUCAUUGUUUUGAUGAAAAUCGUUCAUUGCUUGAAAACUAUUGGUCAAGUUUAAUAAAAUUUAAUAUGUGUUCAAUGCAUGAAGUGUCAUUUUGGGGCCCAAGGCCCAAUGAAGAACCCUCCACAGGGCUAAAUAAAAUUAGGUCGGUUUCUAAGUUUUUGAACUUGUGAAAUACGUUGGUUA